AUGGGUACGAAGGAUAACAGAUUGCCUAGCCGCAAACUCGCACUGCUAGGACUGCGCUACCCCAGUAUCGUUUUUGCAGAAGGCAGCAGCCGACCAAGGAUUACGUCGCAUGAGGCCUACGACGCAAAAGAGUUGUCGUCACCAGAUGGCUCUCGUGGAAUGGUAUCCACCACAUUUCAAAGAUCUAUACCCAUCACAACGCCACCCUUACAUCUCGAUAUACCUAUCUCAACUGCAUCCGUAACUAGGAGUCAUGGCUUUGAAGCAUUCUACUCUCUCCCCACCCGGUAUUUCCGUCGUCUCUCCUGCCCAAUAUCAAUCUUUCGCCAUGCCAAACAACCCUACCAUCCCUACCGGCAGGCCAUCAGAUCCCUUUGUGUUGUUGGAGAUAGUGGCGGCUUUGCGAACUUCGAGACUCGGCCCGCACUCCCCGUUUUGGGACCAUGCACAUCCCAUGAACCUAUCGUCCAAAUUCCUUUCUCCCUGAAUACCCCUGCAAACAUACUGUCACACCUUCCCCGCACGAAACCAAGGAUCAAUAUAGAGGCGGCACUCUCGCAGGGUGUAUCUCAGAUCAACAAGCGGUACACCAGGGGAUACUCGGGAGCGAUUCGCUCUUCUUGGAUCUCCUUGCCGUUCACCAGGUUCAAACAGCUUACGGUAAGCAUCUUUGCUUACACGAGGACCAGUCGAUUGAAACCGUCGACUAGAGUUCUAUUCAUCGUCGUCUCUGCUAUACAGGCCUUUUUCGAGGACAUGUAUUCCCCUCUGCACGGCUCUGUGGAUAAUGGCGUGCCUCGGUCCACCCCGUGA